GUCUACUUUUACUCGCACCGCAUCUUCCCGGCGCUGCUUCUCAUGCUCACGUUCACGCUGGUCAUGGGCUGCGUGUGGCUGCUGGACAAGGCGGUCCAGUCCUUCACCCUCGUGGCCGGGACGCAUCCGCUGCACCCGUGGUCCCUGGGGGUGGAGGAGCAGUUUUACAACUUUUGGCCGCUGUUUGUGUCCGUGAUCAAUCAGCUGUCGUUCUGCAAGGCGCUGGCGCCAAGUGGGUGUGAUGAUGACCAGCUUUGCGCGCAAUGCCCUCUUCUUGGGAUACAGCGAUGA